GACAAACUUAAUUGUCAAACUCGCGAAAUUUGCGCGUUCGCAUGUUGUCAGAGUGCGGUGGAAUGUGCGAUUUCCCGGCGGUGAUCCGUUUCUGACCAUAAAUUUGCAACUAAAAUCUCCCCCCUCCUUCAAAAUGGCCCAAAACGCCGACCUCAUCAAGCAGGCCAUGUUCGAGGAACUGCAAAAGAUCCUGAACCCGAACGGAGAAAUCCGCCGCAAUGCCGAGGAGAGGUUAGCCCAGCUUAAGUACACGGAAGGAUAUGGCAUCUAUCUGGCGGAGAUUACGAUAAAUCAAAGUUUGGACCUGGCCCUGCGGCAGCUGGCCUCCGUUAUGUUGAAGCAGUACGUCGAGGAUUGCUGGACCGUGGAGGAAAGUGAAGCCGAUGCCGGAACAAACGGCACGCUGCUCGUGAACAAUGAGGCCAAGACGGCGAUUAAGACAAUCCUGCCGCAGGGCUUGAAUGACCCGAACAGCAAGAUUCGGAGCGUUGUUGCGUACUCGAUUUCGAACAUUGCGUCGUACGAUUGGCCAAACGACUGGCAGGAGCUGUUCGGAAUCAUCGUAAAAUGCCUCAGCAGCGGGAACGAAAACUCCGUGCACGGUGCCAUGAAGGUGCUGGUCGAGUUUACGUUGGAUCUGGACGAGAAACAGAUCGUGGAUGUCGGUCCGAUGAUUCUUUCGGAAGUGUACCGGAUCUUCGAAGCCCAGACGGUGUACAGCGUAUCGACGCGGAGUUACGCCGUUGAAAUUCUGCACUCUAUGCUGCGGAGCAUCACCACCCACAUCGAGUCCAAGCAGGAGCAGGGCAACAUUCUAAACGCCGUCCUCCCGGCGUUCAUGCAAAAGAUGAUCGAAGGGUUGACGGUUCCAAACGGACCGUACAGCAGCUUCCAGCUAAAGACCAAGAUUGUCAAAGUUCUCAAAUACAUGAUUUCCGACAUGUCCAAGUUCGCCAACCAGUAUUUGGCGGCUAUUCUGCCUCCAAUUUGGCAGCUUCUAACGCAAAUGGCCGACGUGUACAUCAAGGUGAUCGUGAACGAAACGGAGGAAUCGCCCUUUGUGGACAACGGGGAAGCUUCAUUCCAUAUUCCAGGCGAUGAAAAUGAAGAGUUCAUUUCGAUGAUUUUGCAGAUUUUCGAAUUUCUGCACACGAUCAUCGAAAUUAAAAAGUACAAAGGUGCCAUCACGAACGUCCUCACGGACCUCAUUUACAUCGUCAUUCUGUACAUGCAAAUGACGGAGGAACAGGUGCAGAGCUGGCACGAGGAUCCGGAAAAGUUUGUCGAGGACGAGGACGAGCAGGGCGUCGACUUUACGAUCCGAACAACCGCGCUGGAUGUGCUGCUGAUGCUGGGCCAAGAGUACGACCAGAAGUUGCUGGCCAGCUUCUCGGAAGCGCUGGGCAAGCACAUCACCGUGGCCGAUGCCGACCGGAACGCCGGCCAUCCGUACUGGUGGAAGCUGUACGAGGCGUCCAUGCUGGCGGUGGGCUCGUUCAAGGAAAUGAUUGUCAAGAACGAGGACAAGUUCGAUCUGGGCCAGUACAUGAACCUGGUCAAAGGCAUUAUGGAGUAUCAGCUGGCACAGGAGGAAAAAGCCUCCCCGUACCUGCUGGGUCGGUGCCUGUGGAUCAUCAGCCGGUACUGCGACUGCAACCUGUUCGACCAGCAAACGCUGCUGCAGGUGGUGAACAUCAUCAUCAACAGCAUGUCGCUGGACAAGCCGGUGGUGCUGCGACUGACCGCGGCCCGGUCCAUCUACGGCUUUUGCACAAUCCUGCGCGAGUGCAACGACGAACGGAAGCUGUGCCUGGUGCCGAAGCUGGAGCAGUUCUUCGAGUGUCUGAUGCCGCUGUUUAGCCAGUCCCAGAACACGGUGCAGAGUUUGCUGCUGGAGACACUGACGGCGAUCAUCGCGUACGAUCCAAACGUGACGGCGUCAAUUUCCAGCAAGGUCGUGUCGCUGACGAUCGCAAUGUUUUUAAAGUAUCACGACGAUCGCGUCAUUCUGGAGUCGGUGCAGGACAUUUUGAAAAUCCUCGCCCAGAAUCCGUUCUGCUUGGUUCCGCUGCAGGAGAAGAUUAUUCCGACGCUGGUCAGCAUUUUGAGUUCGGAGGGCGAGCAAACGGCCACGAUGCACGACAUUGCGCUGGACAUUUUGGGCACGGUCGUCAAGUAUUCGCGCGGACCGUUGAGCAGUUGUAUGGUCGAGAGUGCCUUCCCGGCCGCGGUCCAUUGCAUUUUGCGAACGGAAGACGCUUCGGUUAUGCAAUCCGGCGGGGAGUGCUUGCGGGCUUUCCUGACCGUUGACGCCGAACAGAUCUGCGGGUACAAGAACGGUGAAGGGUUGAACUACAUCAUGGAAGUCACGACGAUGCUGCUGAAUCCGAUCAACACCGAAUCGACGGCGGCGUUCAUCGGUCGGCUUGUCGUGGUCAUCAUCACAAAGGUGGGAAACCUGCUAGGAGAAAACGUUGACCUGCUGCUGAAGGCGGUUCUCAGCAAAAUGCAGCUGGUUCAAUCGCUGCACGUGAUCAUGAGUUUGGUCAUCAUCUUUGCCCAUCUCAUUAUUGUCCAGAUGGACGCGGUGCUUAACUUUUUGAGCACCGUUCCGGGUCCAACCGGCGAACCGGCAAUGUCGUUCGUGUUUGCCAACUGGCUCAGCCGGCAGCACAUGUUCUACGGAGCGUACGAACGCAAAGUCUGCACGAUGGCACUUUGCAAGCUGUUCGAGUACGGAGUGACCACAAAGGAUGAACGGAUCACGAGUGUCAUGAUCAAGGAAGCGGUCGUCAAUGUGCAGCAGGGCAGGCGAACCCGAUCGGCCACCGCCAGCGCCCAACAAGAGUGGGUCGAUGUUCCGAUUUUGUUGAAGAUCUUCAAGCUGCUGCUCAACGAACUGAGCAAUUUGAAGGAGUCGAAAGAGGCGCUCCAACAAAACGGGUCGGAAUCGGACGAAUCUGGCAGCGAGUCUGCGGAACCAAAGGGCGCAACCAACCUGUCGGCGAUGAUGCUUUUCGAUGAUGAUGACGAGGAGGACGACGAUCAGCAGAUGAUGAUGCAGGAGCUGAUGCAGAACCCGAUCUUCCAGUGCGACAUGCAGGAAUAUCUGGUCAAGUUUGUGCAGAGCUUCAGCUGCGACGAACACUGGGAUUGAGAGGCAGCCAUUUUGGCAUCGGUCGCGUUUUUUUGUUGCCGCAAAUAAAUCGUUCGUUUUGCAGUGAUUUUGAUUGUUUUUAAUAUUGGAAAGUGUUAAAUAUCAUAGAUAAAUUGGAAGUCCAUUGAGAGAUAGUGAAAUUUUACGCGAAUUUUCGGUUUUAGUCUGUUUUUGGGCAAUUUUUACUUCGGCCAGGCGUUCUCUUAUUUUGAUUUCGAUGCGGGCGUGUGUGUGUGUUUGUGCGCGGAAGUGAAUUUUGUCGGAUCGGAGAAAGAGAGCUGAGAAAAAGUUUGACAGCAUCUCUCGUUGUGUUCAUUUCUAUCGGUGUGUCAGUGUCGUGGAAGAAAGGUCUGUGCUUUCAGACAUACACUGGUUGGGUGUGUAGGUGAAGCAGCAGCAUGAGAGGGGGCGGCUGGCCGGAGGCCGGAUGUUGGACACGCGGACAUCAACAAACCGGGAAGCCGGUCACAGGAGCGGCAAGCGGUCUCCGGAGUUUUCAGCAGCUUUGGUGAGCGCGUUUCUUGUUAGCUUCUCAAGUAUGUGUGGGUGUGUAUGAGGAGGAAUGAAUCAUGAGUGAGAGCCACUUGAGGGUGACCACAGUUUGAAAAUGUGAGUGCCACCCACUGAUUGGGGAAUUUUGACAAUGAGCACGCUUGUCCGGAAUUAGAAAUUUUCUAAUAUUACUGGAAAUAUGAAAAAAAUAUGUGUAUUGGUUUAUGUGUGUAUGAGAGUGUGGCUGAGUUUAUUUGUACUUUAUUUUCAUAUUUAGCUCAAUGAAUUAUUUAAAGCCGCGUUAAAUCUAAACAAAUCGGUCGAGAAUUAAAAUAUAAUUUGGCAAAUAAUCGUCGUUUAUAUAGUUCACUGUUCCAUAUCUACUUAGGCAUAAUGUUUUGUUCUGAUUUAGCAAAUUCGGUUCGAUUUGCAACGCGUUCUUGAUUAUUUUUCUGCUUUCGUUUGACAACUGUGCCGGAAGAUUUAUUCAAUAUACGUCGGAUUUUGAAAAAGUAUGUAGUCUUCGUCAAAAAGGUUUAAUAUGAUCCUUUAUUUCCACAGCCGGCUGUCUAAUAGUGGAUCAUUAAAAAUAAAUUUCGCGUCGGGAUAAAAUUUAGAAAAAAAAAACACUCAACUAAAUAAAAACUGUCUCAACAUCUAGUUGCUUACCUUGAGAAUAAAUUUCAAAUCGUUAAAACAUAAUAAUUCCACACAUUCACUAAACGGGAAUUGUCUCAACAGCAGCAUCCGAUUGCUUGCCUUGAGAAUAAUAUUUUAUCCAAUAAUCUCAUUUAUGCCACUGGUCGUAUCGCUUGCUUAGAGCGACUCCCAGACCUUUACCCUACACAAAUACCAACUCCACGCGACGCUUACGCAGCCCUGUUGUUUAAAUUCGAUCAAAUUUGGUCAAACGGUCAAUUUGGUCGAGUUCCACAAUAGGGUUGGGAAAAAGAGCCUGCGGUUUCGCUACCUUUUUCUAAGUAAGUCAAGCAUCAACAUUUCCCGUGCUCCAAAUCCUUUUUCCUCUCCCGGUGAAUGGUGGAGAUGGGAGCGGCCGGCAAUGGAUGGCUUUCAUGGUGCUGCCUGUCCUGUUCGGGUAGAAUUGGUUUUAAUUCCCUUUAAUCAUUUUCUAAGCAACCUGGGCCGGACAAUCAUCACAUAUACAUGACGAAAUCCAGUCUGCAACCCGCUAAGAUCACCAUCUCCAUGCGAAUGCGAAUGCGAAUGCGAAUGCGAAAGCUUCAGCUGCGACGAACACUUUCGGGUGUUUUUGGAAAAGCUGGAAGACGCGGAGAAGCUGAUCCUGAAAGGAUUCGGUAUCAACGUAGCAUAAGCCGAAAAGUGAGUGCUUUUAACAUUGAAUGUUUUUAUCAGAAGCCAGUGAAGUCGCGUAAACGCGAAUAAAAUCAUGUUACUCUUUGAAACACUUUUUUUUGUGUGGAGGUUUGAAAGUUGAGAAACAACAAUGCUAUUGUUCGUAUGUUUAUUUUCAUUCUAAUCGAUAAAACGGAAAAUAAACGAAUGCAAAUGCUCGAACGAAUAAAAAACUGCAAGAUUCGAAACGGAUCUUCUUUUUCUCCUUUCUACUGUUCCAUUUUGAAUGCGCGUUUGAAGGCGGCUCUUUCCAAGUUUCACCCACCUCUUUAUUAAUUCUUGGCCCUAGUAGUAAUAGUAGUGUAGUAAUUUAAUGAAUUCCACUCCUUAACCGCCUAGUUUUGUUGUUUUGUUUUAUGUUCUGCGUUUUAUGCUGUUUCUUAUCCCUCUUA